AUGAAAAAAGAUAAAGAAGAUAUUAAAAUUAAGAAAAGAAAAGAUACUAAAGAUUUAUUAAAUAUAAAUUCUUUUAUAAACAGGUCUAUUGAAUUUAAUAGAGAACAUCAUAAUGAAUUAGAUAAUAUUAGUUAUUGGAAUUUAAUAAGAAAAUAUUGGUUUAUUAUUUUAAUUGUUUUAUUGAUUACUAUUUUAUUAAUUUAUAAAAUAAUUAAAUUAGUUAUUUAA